GUUGUUUCCGUCUCUGCUGCUUCUCUUGUCGAGUUCCCAACAAUCCACGAUGGCGGCUGUAUCUCUAUCUUCGUCGCCAAUAACGCAAGUAUCGCAGACGCCUGUCGCGGCACAUACCCUCCAGCCGCAACUGCUAACACGACUCUUACUGGAUCUACGAGGGCGACGAUUCGAGGUCGACCGGGAAACCAUCAUGAACCUUCCGGAAUCUGUGUUGCUAUGCCUGUUUCCAAAUGGACUGGUGCUGAGCCGGCAGAGCGUCGCCGUAGAUGGUGGCGAUGGCGAGGAAGAGGAAGAAGUGUAUGCAGUAGACUUCGACCCGGACUGCUUCCAAUACGUGCUGUCUUUCUUCAGGAAUGCCUCCGAGACAUUCUACGGGACGUCCAGCUCUCCCGGCCUCUUCGCUGCCCAGCAGCACCUCCAAGACCUGCCGCCCUCACCCGAAUUCGGCCCGCCGCCCUCGCAGAACCCGCUCCUCUCCAAGCAGGCGAUCAUCGUCCUCCGGGAGGAGCUCGAGUAUUUUUCUAUACCGCCCAAGAACGGUAAGGCGGCGACGGACGCGAAUGGGAUCGCGAACCAGCCUAUGGUGGAUUUGAAGUUCCAGUGUGGGCAGUAUUUGAUGGAGAAACGGAAUAUUUUCACGGCGCUGCAGCGGAAUGUGAACAAGGAGAAUAACGUUGCGGAGCAGCACCUUAUUGAUAUGUUGUGUAUGAGUGGGUUUGAUAGAGAAGACGAGUGGGGGUUCCGGGCUCUCGAGCCGUCACGGUGUUGUAUAUCCUCCAUAGCCCUGGUGCUCCUCAAAACGGGAAUUCAACAUCAUCCGAAUAGCGAGACGCCAGUUGAUAUAGAUUACCAUCAGAUGGCGACCGCACAGAAGUUGCUGCUGUUUUGGAGAAAACCUGCUCGCAAAUGCUGGUGGGACGGGAUUGACGUGGAGUUGCCGGCACUGGGUGAAGGACAGAGCGAUAUAAAGCUGUGGGCUCGACGCGUCUGGACGUUGGAGCUUAGUUUGAUAUAACCAUAUACCCUAUUUCUCGGAGUUUCUUUGUAUCUAGCAUGGACAACGCUAUCGUAUACCGCAGUGCAUUGUAAUGACCAUAACGAGUGGCGUCGGGAAAUGGAAGACAUGAGUAUCGAUUGGCGCUGAAGAUUUCGGAUCGUUGUGAUUCGCAGAAGAUUUUUUUUUACCUCGCCGGCC